CGCGACAGUUGCGGUUUGUGUUUGCCAACGAAAUAACGUGUUUUACACACUUGCGGAGAGAAUAAACGGAAAACAUUUACAUAACCGUUAAAUAGCGACUAGUGAUUCACUGAUAUCGAACGAACUAACGAACUAAAUACUAAUUAAAGUGCACGAGAGGAUUACACGGAGCUUUAAAAAUAAUUAAAUUAAAUUAAUUGUGUGCUACUUUGUAGAAUAAUUUUGAAUUAAUUUUAAACACGAAUAUUCAAAAUGUGUAACUGUUUGUGGGAGUGUCUGAAAUGUCCAGCAAAACUUUUUUGUUGCUGCUGCGAAUGUGCGCUGAAUAUGUUACUCGGCAUAUUCUGUUCGGUCAUAGUGUUAGCUGUCAUAAUCGGUCUGAUCGUGUACUUUACAGUAUACUACCAUAAGGAUAGUUCCGAUGGAGAGCAAGAAAAAUUGGUGCAGCAGCUUAUAACAGCUGCGCCUACAACCUUUAAGCAAUACUUCCAACAACAACACUAAAAUGAAAUAAAUAAGGUUUAGUGCCAGUUUGGGGCUUUUGGCAUUACUUUAGUGUAAACCAGAGAGCGUUAUUGUAUAUUUUUUAAGUGUAAUAUAUUUAAUAAAUAUUUUUAAACAUUUAUACAAGA